CCCAUCCCGCAAAUAGGAAUAUAAUACACGUGCAACAACAGACUACGCGUGACGCGCAAUUACUUUAUUUUACGAAAAAAUGCCUCGAAGGUGAUACUGAUACAAGUAAUAAAAUUUGUAAAUACAUUGCUAUUAUACAGAAAAUUAUUCUUCGGAGGAAAGAGGAGGGUAAAUUUGUCGAAGAUGAAAGUUAUUGGAGCGGACCGGGAGAUGGGGUUCCUAGCUCUAGAUUCGAGAUCAGAGACCUUAUUGUUCUUGGAAAUUUCGAUUACAAAAAUUACAUUCCCAUGUUGACUGUUACGGAAACGAAGGUUGAGGCUGAUAAUAUCAUCAUUAUUGGUGUCAGUCAUGUUGCGUAUUCUGUUAAGAGAAAAGAUCUAUAG